ACAACACCUAUAAUCUCUUGUGGGAGAUCCCCAAAUUUAUCACCCGUGUACUAUCGAUUUUUCUAUGUAAAUAUAAAAACAAGUUGUUUUUUCUUGAAUGUCACUUUCCACACGCCAUCAUACAGAUCUCUGUCAUUACGAUAGGUGUCUUCAGAAUCGCAAUGGUUUCCAUAGAAAUCGCCACGCUGUUAGUAUUAAUGCUUUCCUCGGUGGAAGGAACGGAAGUCAUUAAUGCUGUGGAGGUCAACACCCCGUCAGGCUGGGUCAGAGGUUAUGAAGAAAACUAUGAGAAUAAGCAACUGUACAGAUUUGUAAAAAUUCCGUUUGCGCAACCCCCGAUAGGAAAGCUACGUUUUCAGAAGCCCCAACCGAUAGGAGAAUGGGAAGGUGUUCAGGGAAUAUCCGAUGUAAAUUCUCCUUCCUGUCCCCAGUUUGAUUUUCCCAUACCCGGUUUUGACAAUUUGGAAAAGGACGAAAAUUGUUUAUUUUUGAAUAUUUACGUUCCUGGUAAAAUAUCAAAGGAGCGGAAUCUUUCUGUAAUGGUAUGGAUUCACGGCGGAGGAUUCGUGUUCGGUGGAGCUAGUCAAUAUAAACCCCAGAAACUGGUUGUAGGGGGUGACGUCAUAGUUGUGACAAUCAAUUACAGGCUUGCACUUUUAGGAUUUUUCACUUUGGAUGAUCCUUUACUGUCGGGUAAUUUUGGUCUGUUGGACCAAAUUGAAGCUCUUCGUUGGGUUCAGAAGAAUAUUGAAGCCUUCGGAGGGAACCCUAAUUCUGUCACUAUAUUCGGAGAGUCAGCUGGUGGAAUGUCUGUCAGUCUGCAGACGUUGAUUCCUUCUAAUAAGGGACUGUUUCAACGUGCAAUUUCACAAAGUGGUGUGACAUCGAUCCAUAUCAUCUCAAAGAAGGAGAUGGAGAAAAAAACUGCUGCAUUGCUGUUAGAGAAAACUAAUUGUAACGAUAAAGGAGAUGUCUCAGAAACUCUUAAAUGUCUGCAAGAAAUCCCAGUUGAGAACAUCACGUAUGCUUUUUCAAUGAUGGAUUUUCGGGCAGCAUUGAACACGUCCUAUGAGAGUGGAGGAUUUAUACCAAAUGUUGACGGUGAACUCAUAAAGGAAAAUAUCGGGUAUCCAAAGUCUUUUGAUGAUGACAUUUACAGCUUUUUUCGUUCCAUUGAUUUCAUGUCGGGGACACUUGAUGGGGAGGGAAGCAUGGUGUAUAUGGGCAUUACUCCACAAAUGCAGGAACAUUACGAAUUCAACAUCACCGAAAAAGUCCCCAGGGCGGUUCUCUGUGAAAUGUACGCUCCGGUUUUUGUUGAAACAGCUUUUGGCAAUGCCCCAGAGUUAACGCAAGAAAUAUGUGACUUUUACACCGAUAAGGAGAGUAUUGACGCCCAAAGUAACAAGGUUUGUGAAUUUACGGGUGAUUCCGUUUUCAUCGUACCAUCUAACAAAAUGCUGUCCAUUCACGCCAAGAAUAAUCAAGAAGCUAAGACUUUUCAGUAUCUAAUCACCAAGAAAAGCCCUGUACCUUUCGGAGGAGAUCCUCCCGCCUGGUUUAAAGGGGUAGGACAUGGCGAUGAUGUAUAUCUCGUGUUCAAUCUGAAAGAAUUACUUCCAAAUGGAAGUGAAUUGGACGACGAAAACAGUCUCUCUGUAGAUGUUAUCAAGUACUGGACCAACUUUGCAAAGUUUGGAAAUCCUAAUGGCGACAAAGUACCACAGUGGCCUUCCUAUGACGACAACAACAAACGAUACGUCAUUUUAGAUACACCAAUCACGACUGGCGAAAAUUUGAAAUCAGAGGCGACAGCACUAAUCAAUAAAAUAAUAGAGAAAGGCCGACAGCAGCUUAUCCAUGAUGAAUUGUAGAUGAUUAAUAUAUAUAAUACAGAAAUAUAGAAAGUACAUGUAUAAUGAAAUAAAUAUAUAAAAUAAGAUAUGUAAAAUAUCACAAAGCCGAUUGAGUAUACUGAACAAUUUUUCUGAACUUCAGGAAGUUUGUUAUUCCUGAAAAACUAGUCGGAUAUACUCAAUUGACUUAUAUAUAUAUAAUAUUAUAUAUAUAUAUAUAUAUAUAUUUGUAAGCACGUGCUUAAAGUGCUACAAUUUAGCUACGCCACAUACACACACAUAUAUAUAUAUAAAUAUAUACACACACAAUUGAACCAAAAAUUUGCUGAAUAAACAAGAAAAGAAACUUUUUAAAAUAUCAUCCAAUGGCGUUGCUACAUUGUAGCACUGUACAGUGUAAGCACGUGCUUACAAAUAUUUUCGUUAAAUUUUUAUUACAUAUCACGAAAAAUGUCCCCAGAACCCCGCCCCCCGCUUACAAAUAUUUUAAACCUAGCUACGCCACUGUCAUCGAUUUUAGAAUUAACUUUAUUGAGAAGAAAUUGAAGUUAAUGUAUUGAAAUAUCCUCUAGACUUAACUUUAUAUAUGGAUUGUUUUAGUGGAUGAAUACAUUUAUCACAAUAAUAGGUAACACUUUUGUUUCUCCAGUAAAUCUUAUUCCGACAAUUCAUGAUAUCAGAACUCCUUUUCUCUGACAAUCAUGCCAUGGAAUAUUGAACCCUGGUUGAAAUAUGUGAAUAAUGAUGAUCAAAGUCGAUUGUACAUUACAGGAUUUAACAUUAUGUUUAAAAAAUUUAUCUCGAUGUGUAAAUUCAAAAAAGGAAUAGAAGUGCUACGCUAUUCUAAUCUAAGUUAGACCAAAGCAAUGCAGGAGUGCUUAAUUUGAUUUCAAAUGCUUUCAUUGUAGUAUAAAUUUGCACUGUUAUGUGACCGUUUGACACUAUUAAAGCUGUUUGCUUCAGAAAAACAAA